UAGAAAAAUAAAUUAAUAUUUUUGUAAGAGAAAAAAAAAAAGGAGAGAAAAUGAGGGAAGAAAUGGGGUGUUGUAAGAGAACAGGACCUGGAUAUGCAACUCCAUUGGAAGCCAUGUCUGGUCCUAAAGAAACUCUUCUUUAUGUUAAUUGUAUUUAUAAUGGAACCGGAAGAAAGAAGCCUGAUUUUUUAGCAACGGUUGAUAUAGAUCCAAACUCGUCAACUUAUUCUAAAGUCAUCCACAGGCUAUCUAUGCCAUAUAUAGGUGAUGAACUACAUCACUCAGGAUGGAAUGCAUGCAGCUCUUGCCAUGGUGAUCCAUCAACCACUCGAAGUUUUCUAAUCUUGCCUUCAGUCGUGUCUGGUCGUGUUUAUGUGAUUGACACACAGAAGAAUCCCAAGGCUCCCUCUUUGCAUAAAGUGGUACAAUCCGAGGAUAUCGUCGAGAAGACCGGCUUAGCGUAUCCGCACACGUCGCAUUGCCUUGCUUCCGGGGAUAUAAUGAUAUCGUGUCUCGGAGACAAAGAUGGAAAUGCUAAAGGGAAUGGAUUUCUCCUCCUUGAUUCCGAAUUCAACGUCAAAGGGAGGUGGGAGAAACCAGGGCAUAGUCCUCUGUUUAGCUACGAUUUUUGGUACCAACCUCGACAUAGAACGAUGAUCGGCUCGUCUUUGGGUGCUCCGGCUACCUUCACCCGAGGUUUCAAUAUCCAGCAUGUUAAAGAUGGUUUGUAUGCUAGACAUUUGCAUGUGUAUAGCUGGCCUGAUGGUGAACUUAAACAAACGUUGGAUCUCGGUGAAACUGGUCUCACACCCUUAGAGAUGAGGUUCUUGCAUGAUCCAUGUAAAGAUACAGGGUACGUUGGGUGUGCCUACACGAGUAACAUCGUUCGGUUUUUCAAAACCCAAGAUGGAUCAUGGAGCCAUGAGGUGGUAAUCUCAGUGAAACCAUUGAAGGUACAAAAUUGGAUACUUCCCGAAUUGCCUGGAUUUAUAACUGACAUCUUAAUCUCUCUCGACGAUCGGUUUCUGUAUUUUAUCAACUGGUUGCAAGGAGAUAUCCGACAAUAUAACAUUGAGGACCCCAAAAAUCCAGUCUUGGUCGGCCAAGUAUACGUUGGAGGAUUGGUUCGAAAAGGAAGCCCUGUAGUGGCUGUGACAGAAGAUGGCAAAACAUGGCAAUCCGAUGUUCCGGAAAUCCAGGGACAUCAAUUAAGAGGGGGACCGAAUAUGAUCCAGUUGAGCCUAGACGGUAAGCGACUAUAUGCGACGAACUCGUUAUUCAGCACAUGGGAUCGACAAUUCUAUCCGGAACUUGUGGAGAAAGGUUCCCACAUGUUGCAGAUCGACGUCGACACCAUGAAAGGCGGUCUUAAAAUAAAUCCAAACUUUUUCAUCGAUUUUGGAGCUGAACCUGAUGGUCCUUGUAUGGCUCAUGAGAUGAGAUAUCCAGGUGGUGACUGCACUUCAGAUAUUUGGAUUUAA